AUGGCAGCUCCGACCUUCAGCCAGUUGAGGAUCGAAUCGCCUGCAGACGCGGCCGGGGUGCAUGUGAUCGUGAUGGACAAGGCGCCGGAGAACCGGCUGACGGUGGCGUACGCGCAAAGCAUCAUAGCGGCGCUGCGGUACAUCGAGACGAAGCUGCUGAAGCCCGGGGCACCCGGGGCGGUGGUGCUGUCGUCGUCGUCGGACAAGUUCUGGUGCACGGGGCUGGAGCUGGACGAGGGCGACACCAACAUGUACGCCAACGCCGACGGCUUCUACCCGCUCCUGGCCACGCUGGUCGACUACCCCUACCCGACGGUGGCGCUGGUGACGGGCCACACGUUCGGCGGCGCCUGUCCGCUCAUGCUGUCGUGCGACUACCGCGUCAUGAACAGCCGCCGCGGCUUCAUCAGCAUGCCGCCCGUCAACCUGGGCCUGCAUUUCGACGGCAUCGGCGCCCUGCCCCGGCUCAAACUACGCCCGCAGAUCGCUCGCAAGAUGCUGCUCGAGGCCCACCGCUGGACCGGCCAGGAGGCGCUCCAGGACGGCAUCGUCGACGUGAUUUGCCCCCCGGAUCAGAUGAGACGGCGCGCCGUCGAGCUGGCCCAGUCCAUUGCUCCCCGGGCCUCCAUGGGCGUGUACGGUCUGUUGCGCGCCGAACUGUGGGGUGAGGCCCUGGAAAAAUUCAAGGCCAUCAGCUACGUGCACCGGAAGCGUGUCGGGACCGCCCCGAAGGUGAAAAUCUAG